AAUAAUACAUUAUUUAGGCUCUGCAGAUUGUUAGGUUACGCUAUUAUUUUAUUGUUUUUUUGUGUUAGGUUAAGGUGAUUAGAAUUAUUUUGUGCCUGUGAAAUUGAAAAAGGUUGUAGGAUAAGCCUAUAUUGUACUCAUUUAUUUCUUAUUAAAGUACUGAGGCUCAGGUAGACAAAUUUUCUGCCGUUUCUAGGUUUUGGAUAUAGCCUAUUUCAUAAAUUAACAAGUCUUGUGUGUAUUAUGAAAAACAUAAACCUUACUUACAGUUUUUAAACAAUAUUUUUUAAUCUUUUUUGUAAUUUGUAGCUCUGAGAAUGCCUAAUGAAGAUAGAUUGAAAGCCCUGCUGUCAGAUCUAGGAAGGUCAACUUUGAGAGGUGUUCGAAAAUGUCCAAAGUGCGGGACUUUAAAUGGCAUUAGAGGUAUUAUGUGUAAGAAUAAGGCUUGUGAUCAAGUUUUCAAAGAAGCUGGAGAUAAAAGGAAAAACACCACUGAAGUUUGCAAGCUUAUUACAGGAACAACAACACAGGUAUUUUCUGUGAGGGUCAGAGAUAAGGGACCAGAUUAUCGAGGAUUCGUACAGCUGCCGUUAGUCUCAAACUCUCUGUGUACGAGGCCCACUGACACUCUCAUCAAUGAACCUUCGGCAGUCUGUUUUGUCGAGAAUUGCCAGAGAAUAUUCAACACAAAUAUUUUGAAGUGCCAUGAGAGAGAGUUGCAGCCUGUGACUGCCUGCCAGCAUAUCCAGGCUGCUACCAGAUGCUUUGCCUCUGCCCUACCACUCAUCAUCAACAAUGCUGUCCUUUUCUCCCUCAAUAUACCAGCUUACAUUAAACUUGUAACACAAUUGCAGGAGAGAGAGUUGCAGCCUGUGACUGCCUGCCAGCAUAUCCAGGCUGCUACCAGAUGCUUUGCCUCUGCCCUACCACUCAUCAUCAACAAUGCUGUCCUUUUCUCCCUCAAUAUACCAGCUUACAUUAAACAGUCCAUCUGGCAACUGACAGUGGUGGCGCUGGGACCUCUGGUACAGAGAGUCUCUAAGACUAUCAUGGUAGUCAAGUGUAAGGUGACCUCCAAACACCCUCUAGGCUUUCUGCAUGUCACAUUCUCUCCUGCCAAGAGCAAAGACUGCCAGAGCCACUUCUUCUGCAGCUGCCCGACCUUCAAGGGCCAGGGGUCACGUAAUCGUUCUGAUGAUGUGAUUCACGACCGCAGGUGUCUGCAUUACUACGCUUGUGUGGCCGCAUUUGCUGGUGACGAGAAGCUCAGUGAGGAAUUUGCUGCUUUUGUCGACCAAGAACGAUCACAGGAGAUUGUAUUGAAUCUACAGGAGCAACUGUCUGGUGGUGACAGUGAGGGAGGGAAUCCACCUCGUCACGUGGUGGCUGUACUCUGGAACCCAGAGAGUACAGAGAAGCUGCAGGUUGAGGUGGAGGUGUUACAAGACGGUGCUGUCAUAUUCCAACAGAUAAUCUUGGAUCCACAAUUAAUUACAGAUGACAUGUUACAAAUUAGUUGAACAGGUGGUGACAGUGAGGGAGAGAAUCCAUCUCGUCACGUGGUGGCUGUACUCGGGAACCCAGAGAGUAACCUGCAGGUUGAGGUGGAGGUGUUACGAGACGAUGCUGUCAUGUUCCAACAGUUUAUCAUGGCUUCACAGCCAGUCUCUGAGGAUAUAUCACAAGUUGGAGAGUUCGAGACAAUCUCAGAGACAGAUGUACCAGAUGUUUGUCUCCAAGGGCUGGAGGUGAUGCCUGAUCUGAGUUCACCUGACCUUCUGUCUUCCAUAAAAAAUGAUCCACUGCCCAAAACCUUUCUCAGAAUAAAUGGAUUAAAACGAAAAAAAGAUAAUAGCUCUCCUUCAAUAUCAGGACUAAGUGAACCAAAGAAGUCACGGAAGAAGAUACCUCCCAAACCGGAACCAAAUCAAGUAAAGGACGAGUCAACUGUAAACCAAACCUUUAUCCAGUGGUUGGCUACGGUCACAGAGAGGAUCAACCAGCAGAUGCACUACCAGUUUAAUGGCAAGCCUGCUCCACUCGUGUUUCAUACACCUCAGGAAUUUUUUGACUGCCUACGUGAAAGGAUAUCGUACGGUGGCAAAAAGAGAAGACUACCGAACACAACCACAGCCUUUGUAAGGAAACAUGCUGUGCCACUCGGUACAUUUACCAAAUACACAUGGCACAUCAACAACAUCAUCCACUGCAAGCAGAUCUUUGAAACACCACUGAUGCCUUUAGAAAUUACAAGAAGUUUUGUUGAAAAUCAAGAUGGUACUUACGAUGUUUAUGAAGCAUCAAAUCUAAAAGAUGAAGCCUAUUCCAAAAUGGACAAUGCGCCAAGAAUAAAGCCGAUGGAGCUAAAAACAUUUCUGAAAGUGGGAAACACUGCUCCCGACCAGAAAGUGCCGACUCCAAUGAUCAUAGAGUGGAUCCCUGACAUCCUGCCCAAGACCAAGGUGGGAGAGCUCAAGAUCACCUUCGAGUUUGGUCACCGGAGGCCAUAGCACGAACUCACUUAGAUUGGAUUUUGUUUGGCCCUUCUUCUACCCUGAUGGACAAAGUCUACUCAUGUACAGUACUUGAUCUCAGAUACUUUAAUAUAUAUACCUGUGGUACGAACUUAGAUUAGUUUAAGCCUAGCUUAUUUAUUAUUUAAGCUGCUUUAUUUGUAUCUAUUUAUAUACAUAAUAUAUAUCACAGAUUAUAAAUAUGGUAUUGUUAUUUCUGAUAGGAUUGCGAAGCUGGUCUUAUUAAAAAUGUUGCAACCUU